GUUUGUUUUGUUACCCGCGUUUUUAUAUGAGGGCAUCAGAUUUCUUGAACGGAGGAUUAGCCAGUUCAGUUCUCAAAAUGCGGGAAAUUUGACGUGCUAUUUGGCUUAACGCCUUUCUCUUGACUUUGAAGAGGGUUUAGGACCAUGUGUAGAAUCUGAAGCGAGUUAAAUUGCGGCGUCAAAGCGAGAAAUAAUGGCGAAAGAUAACGACAGUUCGUCACGUGGAGAUGAAGCUCUUCGCCUUCAAGUCACUAAAAAUAUCCGCGCCCUUCUUAUUUCUGCACCACAUGGUCUUACAGUGGCCGAAAUACAAAAAGACUAUAAUACCUGGAUGGGAAGACCGCUUCCGUUUCGUGAAAUGGGGUACAAGACACCUUUAGACCUGCUCAAAGACAUGCCGAAUGUCACUCGACCAACCUGGGAAAAUGGCGUAUUGGUUUUGAGAGGUAGGCGGUUUAUAAGCACAAGCUUAAUUGUUCACAACUGAUCGUACUAGCUAGAAAGAAGAUUGUGAUUCUGCAUGUUUCAAUGAACAGUUAAAGCUGCACAUACAAUACGUUUCAGUUCAUUGUUUUAUGUUAUGACCCCAGGGGCUCCACUCACAUAUUUUAAUGACGGGGGGGUCCGACAGAGGUUCAUAUUUUAUACCCCAAAAAGUCCCAACUUCAGAAUUUGUCUACCCAAAAAAAUCCCUACUUUUUUUAGCAUACCCCAGAAAAUCCCUCAGUGUUUUUGCAUCAGCAAAUUUUAUUAUUUAUCUUCUGGAAAGCUAAAACAUGCCAACUUCAACUUUGGUUUUGGUCAAAAACAAAACUAUAAAUUGCGCUUAUGUUAUUUUUUAUUUGAGCUGGUGAAAAAUACAAUACCCCCAAAAAAUCCCUCCGUUGUUUUCGCGACCCAAAAAAAUCCCGGCGGCUUUCAUAGACCCAAAAAAAUCCCUUUUGGCCAAAAUGUCAGACCCAAAAGAAUCCUUUGGACUCCUCCGUCAUUAAAAUAUGUGAGUGGGGCCCCUGGGGUUAUGACAGUUCAAGCCGGCUGUUUUGGAAAAAUUAAGAGCUUUCAUCAGGAUUGUUCAUCUAAGUACCAUCUGCCUUGAGCAAAUAUACGAAAUUAAAUAAAAAAGCACACAAACCUGAAUUACAAUAUGGCAGUUGUUGUUAAACCUUAGGUACAAAGUGUUACGUUUUUCGGUGUGGAGUGUGUUGAGCAUUUCAGAAACAAUAGAAAAAAGAAAGAGAUCUCUUUGGUACAGUCUUUGCAUGAUGAUAUUCCUUUCAAAGAAGUUUGGCAUGGUCAUGCUAAUAUUAGGUGUAUUGAGGAUUUACAUGUAAAUAGACAAAACCACCAAGAGAAGUUGGUAGGUCAGGUUGAAAAAGGUUUAUUUGAAGGUUUGCUUGGAAUAAAAAGUGCCAGGGGGGUGCUCUGAAUGUCAAGUGAUGGGGAUGAUCAAAGGAUUUUUUUGGGUUUCAAAUUUUCAAUUCUGGGAUUUUUGGGGGGUGGGAAAAUUUGGCAAGUAUUUUUUUGGGGUGGCUUGAUUUAUGUAGGGAUUAUUUGGAGAAUUUUUCGUGUUACUUUGGAAAUUUUCGAGGCUCAGAAAUUCUGCAUGGGAUUUUUUGUGGGUUAAUUUUUGGCCUAGGGAUUUUUGGGGGUUUUGUUGGAACCCCUAGGGAUUUUUUGGUUUUUUUAUUUUUUCCCCCAUUCAAUCAUCCCCAUUACUUGAAUUCUGGAGUAUGCCCCCCCGGGUAAAAAGCCUGGAGUAACUUCUAUCAAACUUGCAAGAUUCUCUCUGAAAUUACCUUUUAUUUGCUUGUGUUCGUAAAAUGUAAUUUGUAUCUUGUCAAUUUGCAGGGAUCGCAGAUGCUGCAACAAGGCACAUAGCUAGUCUAGUGUCUCGUCAAAAAAAGUCUGCACCUAAGAGAAAAACUCGCCCUACUACAUAUCGCCCGGAACGAGAACCUGUAGUACCUCACUUUAUAAGAACGCAGAUAAAAGAACUUUUAAGUGGUUAUCCUUCUGGCUUGCUAGGGUCAAUGUUCGCACUAGCAUUCCAUCGCAGGUUUGGUCAGGAACUCAGUUAUGAAAAGCUUAGAUUUAAAUCACUCGGCCAUCUUCUUGAGUCAAUGUCAGAUAUAGUGAGAAUUGAAGAUAUGCGAGGUGGAGGAUACAGAGUUUAUGGGAAAACAAAUGAUAAAGUUAAUUUAGGUAUGUUAAAUUCUGUAGACUUUUUUUUGCCUUGGAUAAAUGCUAAGGCUAUUUUCACUACUGAUCAACACCUGAUAGAAGUUAACCUAAAGCCAGGGUGUAACAAAAACCAGGGUUUCGUACACAGUCUUAAAUUCUUGAAAAAGUUUUGAAAUUUGCCCAACAGUUUUGCCAAAGCUGGAAAAAGUCUGGAAAAAUGGUAACAAGUCUUGAGUUUUUUUCAAAGCUGCAACAAAUGCUUUAUAAGUGAAAGUUUUUUUUCAUUUUGGUCAAAUCUUAUAUAAUCUCACCACUACGUUUGCAGUGCAUCGUGAAAAAAGCUUUGUUCCUUCGUUUUUUAAGGUCUGUUUUGAUCACCUAUUUGAUAACCUUGAGUCUGGAAAAAGAAUUUAUUAGGGCCAUUUAUACGAGGAAAAAUAAGACGCGUCUUACAUAAGAUGCGAAUUUUCCGUAUAAACGGCAAAUUUCGUCUAAAAUAAGACGCAGCUUAGCUAAGACGCGUCUUACUAGAUAAGACAUGCUCGUAUAAAUGGUACAGUUCGCGUCUUAUUUAAGACGCGUCUUGUAUAAGACGCGUCUUAUUUUUCCUCGUAUAAAUGGCCCUAAUGUUUUAGAAAGAAGUUUGGAAGUCUUGAAUUUUGGAUCUGAAAAUCUGUACAAGCCCUGAAACCCUGAUAACCUAGGGCUUAAAGUGGAACCCCUUGGGUUAUUCUCUUUUUUUCCAACAAUUUGCUUGGUGGGCAAUCAAUAACAUUAGUUUGUCACCUUUUAUGAACCAAGAUUUGUGUUAGCUCCUCAGAAACCUUGGACUAGUUGAUUGAAGGAACACCUUACCCUAAGUUGUUUUUUGUUUUAUUUUCUUGUCUGGAAAUAAGUGAAAGUGUUUCCAACUACAUGUUAAUGAUGCCCUUUGCACUUUCAAGAUUGACCAAUCUGUGUUUAUUCCAGAAAAUGUAGUGAUAGGAAUGUCAAGAAUUGCAUAAAUUAUUUUUUCCUUGUUUAUGAGCAGGUGUUAAAACUGCUGAUCCAGGUGACAGCUUGCCAACCAGAUCUGAAAGUGCUCCAACAUUUUCCCAAGCCACUGCUGAAAAGAGAAACUAUAGACCCACACCUAACAACAAUAACAAUAACAACACAGAAAUUAAUAGAAGUAAGCAAGAAACCAUGUCUUCUAUUAAAGUGAAGCUUGAUAAAAGUAGUGGAAUUGAUGAACAGUUACAAGAGGAAUGUAGACAGGUAUGAGACAUUGUGACAAUCCCCUGUGAGGCUUUUUGGCAUUAAUAAAAAACAAAUGUCUCUUUUUAAUGAUAAAAUUGAGCUUACUCCCGAUUCAUAUCCGCCAUCUGUGCACGCGCGUUAGGAUUGACGGGAAAAAAGCAAUGUCAUGUGGAAUUUCAGGGGGCGAACAAGUGUAAAAAAUUGCUAGUACAAGCAAUCGAGGUAAAGUUUGUUUUUUUGAUCAAACUGAGACGAUGAUUUAAUAGUCAUGCAAAAUGCACAGUUCAAGUUUCGUUUGUAAACUUAAAUGCUUUUCUAUCCUUACUCUGGGGUUAUUAAGGUGGCUGAACACCAGCAUGCAAAGAAAGUACUGUCCGAUAGCCCGGGGCUAGUGGAUUUGCUAUCGGGCUAGUGAUUUUUGUUCUUAACUUGCCCGACGGGCAAGUGUUGUUUUUUGGGGAAAUUCAAAUUCAGACCCAUUGUAAGCAAUCCUGGUGAUCAAGAAGGGUUUGAGGGCUAGUUGAAAUGACUUGUGGGCUAGUACGUGCUAGCUACAGCUUGCCCGAAUGGCAGGCUGUAAAGCUGACUUUCUUUGUACCCUGAACAAAGUUUUGCAGGCAGUCAGCGUCAACUCGCGUGACGGCUAGUGUUUUAAAUUAGACGAACAAACACGGUGGCGAUAAAGCAAUGGUGCACAGAAGACGAUUUCACAAAAUGGGCAAUUCCAGAAAAUAUCCAUACCCAACCACGGACGGCUUCCAUGUUUUAUCCCCCCCUUGCCUUCGGAAAUUCCAAAAUGCGUUACCCCCCCAUGCCCUCAGAAUUCCAUAAUCGUGAACCCCCCCUCCCCUUCAGAAUUUCCGUUUUUUUGGAAGUACAUUUUCAACUUAGCAACGCCUAUAUGAACAAACGAACAUGACUUUAUGCUUCCUCAAGGCUGUGAUCUAGCGGCGCCAGGCGACAAGCUUUCAGACUCUAACCUACCGCUAGUAGGUCCGAAUUUGGCAAUAAAAAUAAACACCACUAACGGCAAUUUUACUCCUCUUUGUUUUCUUGUGCUGUUUUGACGUUUACAAAGCAAAAUAGCUCAAAUUCAGACCGUUAAAAUCUUUCGGUGGUCAAAUAUGCCGUCGAGGCCCGUUGCGUCCUUUUAUACGUCAUGUAGUGUGCACGAAAAGUGUUCUAAUCUGACAGGCGUUCCUGGGAAGCUAGGGACUGGUGCGAGUUUUUUUACUGUUCAUCGGACGGGAAGAGUAACAAGAAACUUGCAAGCAGUAAGAUACAUAUUCCGUUUUUUUUUUCAUGUGACAAGAAAUUCAUCAAGGUUAAUGUGAAACCCACGUUUUACUGUUCACUUCUAUAAGUUAUGAGCGUAAACACGUGUCUGAUCUAUCGAUGCUUGUCUUCUGCUUCCGCGGUCAUACGUUCGUGGUUUAUUUACGAACUACAAAAGUCCACAACAAUAGCGUUUUCAAGGAACUCACUCUACACUUUCUACUCCAGAAAUCCCACCUGUGGAAUUGCGCCAUGCCUUCGGAUUUCCAGUCGUAAAUACCCCCCCAUGCCCUCAGAAUUCCAUAAUCGUGAACCCCCCCUCCCCUUCGGAAAUCCUAAAAGCCGUCCGUGGUAUGGUAUGGAUAUUUUCUGGAAUCGCCCAAUCUGCUUAUUAAAAUUUUGUGAUAUUUGGCAGAAGUCUUACUUUAAAAUGGAAGGUGAACAGACGAAUUUUGUGACACAUUUAAUAACUACAGUACAAUUAUACUAUUGAUUAUCUAAAAACCCGUCUGUUAAAAUUUGGUCAAAUAAGUUUCAAAUGGUAAUGAUUAAUUAUAAUAAGCUGUGUGCAAGUUUAUAGGAAAAUCUAAUGAGAGAAUCCUAUGUAAACUAAGCAAAAGUGAAAAUUUAAGGUUGUGUUCAGUCGUUCAUGUUGCCAUUGAAACUGCGAAAAUGUCAAAUUUUACCUGUCAAUCAAAAUCUUUCAUCAGUAUAUUUUUCACUUGCCCAAGUUUCAGCCUGUGAGCUGCAACCUUUCUCUUGCCAUAAUUUGGCAAAUGACAUAUACUCACAAACUGCCUAAACUGUGUUUUCGGCCACCUUAAAGCAGCGUGCAAAGAAAGUAGUGUCUGACAGCCUGGCGCUAGUGGAUUUUGCUAUCGGGCCAGUGAAUUCUGUUUUUAACUUGCCCAACGAGCAGGUGAUGUUUUUUGAGGAAUUUGAAUAACAGAAAAACUGUGAAAUCAAUUCUGCUAGUCAAAAAGUUUGUGGGGCUAGUUGAAAUGACGUCUGGACUAGUAAAUGCUGGCUUCAGCUUGCCUGAAUGGCAAGUUGUAAAAAUGAUUUCCUUUGCACCCUGUUAAAGGUUGUACCAGUAAUCCAUGUUAUCGCCAAGACCAGAUAUGUAUAGAGUGAUUAGGUUCAAUUGGUGUUACCCAUUUAAGCCAGCUGGUAUGUGAUCUGUAAUUCUCUAUGCUAUGUGAGGUUGGAGGUUUAGUUUAAAAUACACAUACUAUUAAUAAUAAUGAACUCUUAAAUAUUCAGUUGUUUGUUAAUUUUAAGGUGUUGGCUAGAAGACCCAAUGGCAUAUGGGCAGCUCGUUUUGCAAUAGAAUUCAAGGUGUGUGGUUAGUAAUCAUAUUGGUGCAUUUGAUUUGGAGAUAAUGGUUGUGGUCACAUCUGCGACGUAACUAAAGUUUAACUUAAGUUAGUGUCAAGUUACGUGAUGUUAUACCUAACUGUAGUUAGUGCUUUCAGUUAACAUUGCGGUCACACCAUGCAGUUAACAACAGUUAGUUCUAAUUAGCAUAUUUAAAUUUUUUGUUUGUUGUUUUUGGUUUCCCCCUCGCUUCACGCUUGGUUUUUAUUUUGCAUAUGUAUGCUCAUCUAGCAUGUGCGAAAAGAAGUGUCACAUUCUGAUUGGUUGUUUGUUUGUAAACUUAAGACUAACCCACAAACCCUGCUUGGGUGCCAUCAAUUUACAUGCUCUUAAAUACAAAUGGACAAAAAACCAUCUACUUUUAUUGGCUGUGGUCAAAUCUGGGCUACUAACUAUAGUUAAGACGGGGAUAACUAUAGUUAGCUAUUUCAGUAAUGUGAUCGCUUCUCUGUUUGCUCUAAAUAUAAUUAGAAAAUUUACGCCUUGGUGAUCCAAAACAAUACAGACCAACUAUAGUUAUAGUCAUUUAAGGGUCCUCAUGAAACAUAAACUAUAUAAAAAUAAAUUAAGACAAGUUAUUAUUUAGAAGAUAAAAUAAUUAUUAAUAUUUAGUCUCCAGUACUUGACCAAUUCUCACUUACAUGUAAAAUAUCCUCCUAUUUCAGAAACUUCAUAACAGAGAAAUCAAUAUCAAGAUGCUAGGUUUUAGUAGUAUGAUAGAGUUUAUGUCUGCUAUGCCAAAUGUUGUUCGAAUAGAAAGGCCUACCAAGCUUGACUGGCUUCUUUUUCUAGCUGGAAAAGGUUAGUUGUAAAUGUGUUCUUUUUUUAAGUUGGUGAAAAUUAAUUCUCUCCUUGUGAUAUCAGCUCUUUGAUAUAUGAUUUUGUUGAGUAUUUUUUUGUUUACAUCCUCUGUAGAUGAAGACAAGGAAAAUGAAACCACAAACUAUUCAAGAACGAAUGGCGAAAUUCCUGCUCCCACAGAAAAACCGAAAGAUCCUGUUUCUCCAACUGUGCCUGGUAAUCCGCUUAACUUACCUGAUGGAGUGGGAAGGGGAGUAUACUUCUCUAAAGUUAGGCUUCCGGAGUGCGGAUUCAUCGAAGUCUGUGUUACCCAUGUUAUUGAUCCUCAUCAUUUCUGGGUGAUGACUAUUGACAACUGGCCGAAGCUUAAAGCUCUUACUGAGGAGAUGAAGUGAGUAGUUAUUGGUUAUGAGGGAUUUGAAUUGGAAGGUGGAUAAUUUAAGCUUGUGGAUGACUUUUUUAAAGGCCCUUUACAAUUUUCGGGUUUAAAGACUUUCCUCCUGUCCCUCAGAAUUAUUUCCAGUUACACUGUACAUUUGAGUCUAUUUAUAAACAGAAUCCUAAAGGGGGGUCACAUUGACCCUAUUAAAAGCCUCGUAGGAUUGACUUCCCAUAGGCAUUUGUCAAAAGAUGCUUUGUGGAGUUAUGAGAGGUUUGCUUCACACUGUGUAACCCCACUCUGUUGUUCUAGAUGUCCGUUCCAGUACCUCUCUCUAAGUAACCAAAACAAAUUAUUGACUUUGGAUUUCCUGUUUUGCAGGCAGUUUUAUUCCAGUAGAGAAAGUGCAAGGUACAGAAUGCCUGAGUGGUUCAUUUCUGUUGGACAGGUGAGUGUGAGCAAGAGUAAUAUGUUUCUUAAAAGUAAUUGUUUGCUGUAAAGAAAGUUAAAACCCAAAGAACUUCCUAGCUCAGGGCUGCAAAUAACGGCCGGUCAACGGACAAUGUCCGGCCUGAUCACGGACUUGACCGGUCAAACUCCGGUUUUGCCAGUCAUUUUGACCGGUCAUUUUUGGAUACAAACACUUUAUUUUCCAUACAGUUGUCGCUUAAUGCUCUAUAACGCUGCAAUGAUUUCUUUUUUCUUUGGCGUUUUUUGCUGCUUUGCACUAAACCCUUCUAAGAAAAAGAACGCCGCAAUAAAUUAAUUUCAUGUCGUCAUGUCGUAAUCUAACGCAACAAAGUGAAUAACAAACUGAGUUGGAAAGUAACGCAACGUUGCAAGUCGUACUGUACUUUCGGCUUUGCUGUAAUCAGCAAUGUGACCUUCUUUGGGAAUUCGAAGGAAUUCAAGCAAAUCGAUCGCAAUUCUCAACAGGUUGUCCUGUGUUUCUCCGGAAAUAAAUGUUAGCGCAUCGAUUAAUAAUAAUUUCUUUUAUGUCAAACAUGAAUCUCGUUUGCAGACUCGAUUCCAGAAUGGUCUGAUAAAGAUUUAAGCUACUCAAGAGGGAAGGUCGUCAUCUAUCGCGGUGCUAGAUUCUCGUUCUUGUAAACAACUUUAUGCAAAUUUCUGUUGACAUUUAAGCCCUUUGCGAUAAAAUGUUACGCGAUGACCCAAAUUUAUUUAUUGACUUCUGAUCAUCAACACGCUGUUUGUGGAACAAACUUCUCGCCAAUGCAAAUCAACUUCUUUGCUGAAAAUAUCAGCGACGAUUCUUCUUUGAGGAAGUGACUUUCGAUCACGUGCCAGGCAAAGAAAAAGAUCAAGUUUCACCGAUGUUCAUUUCAGAACAUCAACGUAAAACAAGCGUGUGCAGAUUUUGUAAAAUAACCCAAUUUUUUUGUUUUGUUUUUUUCGUAAUUUCUAAAGUUUGCUGAACUGUGUGUGUAUUCCGUUUCCUGAACCUUGGGAGUUUGAAAAGGAUUUACGCUUCACUUUUUACCUCUAGAGACUUUAUACACCGCUGUGCAAUGAUACUCAAGGUAGAACGUAACAUUAAAACACGCGAAAACCGAGGAAAGGAACUCUACAACGUGCGAAUGCAUUUUUCACCAAUUUACUGUCAAAAAUGUGAACGUCAAGUAGUAAUAAUGAUCUAUUGCCAGCAUAACUGGAUAUUCCUUAGGGAAAAAAAAUUAUUAGUAUUCAUUAUUUGUCAGGCCAGAAUCGGGGUUUGUCCGGGAUAAAAAAUAUUUGGCCAGUCAUCAUGACCGGCAACCUGCUGUCCGUUAUUUUCAGCCCUGUAGCUUUUCAAUUUCCUUGCUGCUUAUUGCUUAUGCAUGUAAUUGGCAACUUGAAUUAUUGGGGUGUUCAUUAGGCAUCGGAGAUUGGAGAAUUCUCCAUUAACUACAUAGAGUUCUCCAGCUAAUGUUCAAUAGCCUAUGACUAUUUUUUAUUCACUGAUGUGGAGCCUCUUUCAAAAUAUUUUCCUGCUACUUUGCACCUUUCUCCUGCUACUAGAACUCGUAAUGAAAACCCUGUGAAAUCUUUGUGACAACCAGGGCUGGCUGACAUAUUUUAGUCAUGUUAAGGGACUUUACAUUGUUGCAUGACAAGUCAAAGAAAAUGUGAUUAGGAGGCCUUUUAAAUAUAGCACUAGACCAACCGGUCAAAAAAUUUUAUUUCUUGCUGGGCUUGUGCAAAGUAAAGAAGGCAUGGGGACAUCCCCUCAGCUUCCCCCUUCACAAAAAUGGCAUGGAUCCAACCUCCUUAUUUUUGCUUUUCUAAGGAAACCAGGAAUUAUGAGGCUUUCGUUUUUGCUGCUCCCCUGUAUAGAUGAACAUUGGGCCUAAAAACAGGUCUUGUCCAGUCAUCCAGGAUAAAUAGAUUUUCUUGCUUUGCAAGUAACUUUGCAAGCUCACUUGCAAAAGGGUCCAGGCAAGUAAUCUAGUAAAUAAAUCACUAAGACAAACAAGGAUUGGCCCUGGGCAAGCAAAAUAUAAGAGCUUCUUGUCCUGAAUUUUUUUUUGAGCUCUGGAAAAAGCAUCCAGUCCUCCACCAGAAAAUGUCACUAAUUUUAAAGGGUGUGGGACAUACCAAACAGUAAGAUGUAUAGGUUUACAUUCAUUGGUUGCUUUGACAGCAGCUUGUUCGAUAAUUAUAUCUUUUUUGUUUAUCAGGCAUGUUGUGCACUCUUUGAGGAUGGAUCUUGGUAUCGUGGCUUAGUUGUGGGUAUACACUCUGUGCACAGUAUAGAGGUGUGUACUAAAUUAUUUUACGAUGUUGGCCAAAAGAGUGUCUGAGUUAGCCUGAGAAGACAGUCAACAUUUUGUGAUGCCACCGGUGGUUUCCCCUUCAAAAUGAUGUCUGAGAAAUGAGCACAGAAAAUCCAUACUGAUGAUGCAACACUUCCCAGAUCUGGGUAGUGCCUCUGAUUGGUUGAAGCAAAUUUUCGACCAAUCAGAAUAAGUACCCUAAUUUGGGAAGUGAUGCAUUAUAAGUACGGAAUUUUUGCACCUGUUUCGAUAGUAGAUCCAUCAUCUUCAGUGUUACAUUUUGUGAAAUUGCUGUUGAGUUUAAAUUGCGCACAAUGUUACAAAGUUUGUUACAUUGUGUUGGCAAUAUUGUGUCUCAGAUGUCCUUUCACAGGGAAACCAGUGACGGCAUUGCUAAAUGUUGGAUACCUUCUCAGGUUACCUCUACGUUAUUGUUUGGUGUCCUGCAUUUGGCUUGUUCAAUAUUGAAGUUUCUUUUUUCAGGGUUUAUUCUAGAAAUAAUUGGUUUAUGGGACUCUGUAGGUGCUGAUUUUAAAGUUUAGUGAAUGGUUAAUACAUUUAGCAAAAUACUUAUGAUUUCUAUUUGGGGCAUACUAGAUUGGAGGAACUGGAAUAUUUGAAUUCAGACUCUCUUGAUUAAGUUGUGUGCUUUGUAUACUCUUUCAUGCAGCCUCUUUUUCUUACAUGAUUGAUUAAGAUUGAGCCUUUAGGUGUUUUGUUGACAGAUUUUUUAUGUAGAUUAUGGAAACACAGCUAGAGUGCCUUUAUCAAGUCUCCGAGUUCUAAGGUGAGGCCAACUAACUCCAGUUACAGUUUUACACGGUAACUUUAGUUACAUGAAGGAAGGUGAUGCACAAACUGGCAGAGGAUGUUGUAACUAUAACUUUACUUUUUUGUUUAGGUCACAGUUUCUGAAAUUACCAGCCCAAGCUUUACCCAGCAAGUUAGCAUACAUUCAACCAUUUGAAGGGGUGAGAUCUUUUACUAACAGAAAUGUGUCACUGCUCAAGAAAGAUUAAGGGUAUAACUUCACUAGGCUUAUCGUAAUUUGUUGGUUGAGAAGUUUAAGGACACUAUGGAAUCUCAGGCAAAUCUGUGGUAUUGUUUUGGGUUUUUUAAUUGUAAUUUGAAGGGGGUAAAUGGCCAACUGUUGUUGCUGAAAGUUUCUGCACAUUGUAAGUGUUCAUCCUGGGCAUUUGCCCAAAAAUUGAACAUGUUUGUGGAACAUGCUCUUACAUCAAACAGGUGCUCCACAUUAGUUAAUUUUAAAAUCAUUUAUGCUGGUAAAUUAACUUCUAUAUAGUUUUAAAAGCAGUCAAUCGUGGGGCAGUGUUAUUUUCCUUUUCCGUGUGAUACCUAACCAACGUUGCCGUCUCUUGUUAUUUACUCCCCUUUAGGAAUAUAUAGUGUUAAAGGAAUAUAAUUCAGAUCUGCUGAUGUCAGUAUAAUGCUCAGAUGAAAAUUUCUUUCCAUAGAUUGAUAUUUGCACAAUACAAAUCGAUAAAUAUUACUAUUGUUAUUAUUAUUAUUAUUCUAUAAUUACCAAUGUUGCUGAUUCACUUAAUAUAUUUUUCAUUCUCGUAAUGUAACAUAUUUUGUUGCGAUGCAAUAAUUGCAAACUGUCAAUGAUUAAUGUGUGCUUACCGUGACAUCAAUUCUGUUCCGCAAUUUAAUCUGAUUCACCAGGGGGAAGAGUGGUCUCCAGCUGCUACCCAUAGAUUUUAUCAUUUGACAAAGAACUAUAAGCAUCUGGUUGGGAUUGUUUGUGGCGUUAAGGUAAGAAUGUAAUCUUGUGAGCAAAAAUACUCCGCUUUCAUUUGUAGGAAUAGUCAGUGUCAAAACACAUCACUGUUGUCUGAAAGUAAAGCGUGGUGAUUGCUUCAAAACUGGGUAGAAAGUUACUUGGAAAUUACAGUCACUGCAGGCACUUUUCAGUGAUGGCAGUGAUCAUUGUGACGACUGAUGGAAAAUCUGUUGUAAGGCUUACAUCUCUUACUAUGACCAUGCAGAUGGCUGACUUUUUUAGCAACUUUAUUGAUCUUAGGAGUCAUAAUAAAUUAAGGAAACCAAGCUUAGUGUUGAACUUGCAGAGUUCUACCAAAGUAUAAAUCUGUAUUUAAUGUCGCAGUUCCUUAGCUCCACAUUAAAUGUAAGGUUAAGUAAAAACAUCACAAGAGGACAUGUGGCACAAAGGAGGGAGCACCGCUCUGCAAUCGACAUGGCAGAUGACGUCCAUAGCGUGACCAUAAAGCCUAACUUAUCUCCGGUCCGCAGCCUUAUUUUUAAAGAUCCGCGCCGGAUCAGACAAGUUCUAGGUAGGUCCAAAACAUACAUUUUGCAGACGACGGCACUAUGAGCUAAGACCACCAGCCAGCAUUGUGCAAAUUAAUGGAAUGAGUGAGGGCGAUAUAUUGCUCAAGCUGCUUUAUCUUUAUUUAUGAGUCAACACCACCUGCACGUGCUAGAAUAAUGGCAAUUGAAGAUCGUCAAAAUAAAAUUGUGUUAAAAACAAAGCUUGGGGUAGUCGUUGCGAGACUUGAACCAAGGGCGAAUAAAGAGUGGUGAGCCCAUGUUUAUUGAUAAAAACAGUAAAACAUCUCCAAUUGAGAUUUACAAAAAACUUCAUUACAGAGAACUAAACCUUUGAACUUGGCGAUAAAGCUAAGAAUGAGAGACAGUAUUUUUACAAGACCUUUUAGUUAACUUGGUGUCUGAGAGUACGCCAAUGAUAAAAAAUAAUAUUGUACCACUAAUGCAGGGAGCACAUGAGGUGCCCCACGAGGUGAACAUGUAGAUAAUUAUUUUAACUAGCCAUACAGAGCAAACCAUACAUAAUUAUGUAGCCAGCUAGAUUGAAACAUAAACUAACAUUUUCUAUUUUGUCUAGUAAUUUCCCAUACUUAACAGUGAUUUAACGUAUUAUGGGUAAAGGUUAAACUACAUACACAAAGGCAAUGGCCUGAUGUUGUGUGACCUAUCCCUGACAAACAGCAUCACGCUCCAUCAACUGCGUUUUGCAAUUGUGUUGUAAAACGUUCUCUGUGAAUAUGGCCCAGGAUCUUAUAAUGUUUCCCUCAGUAUGGCACUGUGCUUACAGCACAAAUUUUAUUAAUCAAAUGAUUCUUUUCCUGCUAUUCAGGAAGGCACACUGUCUCUUUGUCUCUGUGACACUAAUGCUGAGGAAGACAUACACAUCAAUGAUGAGCUUGUGUCCAAUGAGUAUGCUAUCUGUCCAGAGAUAAAUUCUCCUGAAACAUCUGCAGCUGGGCAGGUACAUUAUCCUUUAGUGCAUUACUGUUACAUAUAAUGCUCUCUCUUUAAGAGGGAUACCUUUCUGAGACAUACUUUUCUUUUGAUGAUUUUUCCUCAUACUCUAUUUCCUUAAAUAUCAAGCUUCAGUCAAAGGAGAGGAAGGAGGGGGAGGUGUGAAAAAAAGGAUACAGUAGGCGCAUCUUACUUGAUUGUUCAACCAAAAUAUGUGGGUGGAUCCUUAUUCAGGAAGAGUCCUUAUAAGGGCAUUGGUACGGCUUACUGUAGUUUGCGAAACGAAAUGGAGCGAAAUGAAAUGGAACGAAACGAAAUGAAAAUCUGUAGUUUGCUAAAUGAAAAUCUGUAGUUUGCGAAAUGAAAAUCUGUAGUUUGCGAAAUGAGAAUCUGUAGUUUGCGAAAUGAAAAUCUGUAGUUUGCGAAAUGAGAAUCUGCAGUUUGCGAAAUGACAAUCUGUAGUUUAGGAAGUGACAAUUUACUCUCUCGCUGGGUCUACUCGGAUAUUCUAAACAGAAAAUUCCCCUCAAAAAAGCCGUUUCGCCCAGAAAAUUCAGAUUGCGCGGAAUGCGUGACAUUUUCGUUGCUAGGUAUAAAGUUUAACUUAAGCUCAGGCAUCAGCAACUGGAAGCAAGACCUCUUCCCUUUUUAUAUGCCUUGACGCCACUACAUUUGUAUUGAUAAAGGACAUUACUCUCACUCUAGACGAUCUGCCUGAAAAUUUGCCCAAGAACCACUGCCCAAGAAUGCAAAAAAAGUCCACUUCCAGUGGCCGUUGAAACGCCUUAUCUUAACCAGAAACGUCACGCGAUAUUCAAACCAACCGAUAAAAUACAUCAUUGUGGCUUUGUUGUUUACUUUCGAACAUGGUGGUUUUAACGUUUUGUAUAGAUAAACAAAUGCAGGAAAAAAAGUAUUUCCAGCAGAAGUUUUUGUUGUUUAAGUGUCAUUUGACGGCAGGAAUUCCCUUUGGAGGAAAGUCAUUGUUUCUUCUUGAUCGCAAAGCUAUUUGCCGAUAGAUAACCGCAGCCUGUUCACCCGACAGAAAGAAUAUCACAAGCAACUAGCUACAAAUAUAGGCUAAGAAGCCAUUCACUACAGCAAUCCAGGCGUAAGUAUAGCUUCUUCUCUAGUUCAGCAAAAGCAGCUGGCGGCUUCAAACAACUUCAUAACAACCUUUGCAUGAGUUUCUGAAUGGCGACCGAGGGGAUAGUUUUCCUAUAUUGUUCUUGCAACUGCGCCAAAAAUCCAAAUUUCGCAAACUGCAGAUUUUCAUUUCGCAAACUACAGAUUUUCAUUUUGCAAAGUACAGAUUCUCAUUUCGCAAACUACAGAUUUUCAUUUUGCAAACUACAGAUUUUCAUUUUGUUUCGUUCCAUUUCGUUUCGUUUCGCAAACUACAGUAAGCCCAUUGGUACGUACUGGUCAGAAGUCUAGUUGUCCGUCAUGAUGACUGUAGAGUUCCUUCAAGCAGUCUGUUUUGGCUCCCAUUAGACUUUUGAAGGCACCUAGAUACCUACACACCCAGUACUACACAGACCUAGUUCUGAGAAAAUGUCUUAUGUAUUCGUUUUUCAAGGAUCAUGAUAGAAGAGAUGAUUCACAACAGACAGAAGAGCAAAGACAACAGAGGGUAGCACCAGGCCCCACCUCAUUUACCCCAGAGCAGUUAAUGUACUUAAAUCAACAAUCUUGUCUUGCCGUAUGCACACCUUAUGCCAGCCAUUCACUUCCACAAGGUUAGCAUUACAAAACUGUCAAUCAAGCUAAGUUAUGUUGAAGUUGUUGUUGCAGCUGUAACUCGAUCAGUUUGCCAAUAGCUAAGAUAUUUUAUGUAAUAUAUGUUGUGGUUCAAUUUCAUCCUUGGUUUAAAUUUUAGUUUCCUUUGUUUUUGGGUGAGGUAAUGCAUGAUAAUGAGUUUAAAACAAAGGAAAAUAAAAUUCAAACCAAGGAUAAAAUUGAACCACAACAUAUAUACAUGCAUUUUUUUAUCUGUGGUAACCAAAAGUAAAUGCGGUUGAACCUCGAUGUGCGACCACCUCUUCUCAUAAGCAACCACCUCUCAUAAAUGACCACCUCCUGUCUGCAACCACAAUCACUUUUUGGGGCUGAUGGGUUAAUAAAUUUCUGUUGUUUUUAACCUCUUUUAAGUGAAUACUUCAUGCAUGGUUUGAUCUCUAUGUUUGCUCUGUGUAUUGUGUGACUCAAAGUAUGCAAAAAAUUUUUAACAACAACAUGGAACCACACAUAUUGUAACUUAAAAAUUUCAUGCAAUAAAAACAUUAAAAUAUUAGAUGUGUCCCGACCUCUUCUUGGAAGAGAAGAGACCCCCUGUGUUUGAUUCAGCUCCCAUAAGUUACCACUAAGUCUUCACAUUUUGGGUGGUAGCUUACGGGAGAUGCAACUGUAGUAACUAUACACUAGCAUGAAAUACUGUUGAGCGACUUAAACAGCUCUCUGAAACUCAAAGUUCUCGAGUCCCUUAUGUCAGUCUUAAAAUUAUUAACACUUGUCUUGGCUACUGAUAUCCACUUUCUCUCUAAAUGUCCUGUGCCAUAAGACUGCAGCUGGUUAUUUCCAAUGCUUGGUUCCAGAACUUUAAUGACAACAUUAAACAUUUUCGUAUUUUUUUAGUACACUUGUGAGGCAUUAUUUUUUAUUUUCCAGAGUUUCCUCAGUCAAUGACAGCUCCAUAUCCACAAGACAUUGCAAGGUAAAUGUCUUGAAUCAACCUGGAUGUAAUGUAUCUAAUGGAUAGAAAGUCGCAAGGUGUAGAAAGGACGUGGAUCCAUACUGGCGGUUCAGGGGCGAAUGGGUUAAAAGUAAUUUAACUGAGAGCCCUCUCAGGAGGCAGUUUUUGGUGGUACAGCUUGUACUACAUGGGCAUCAGCAGGUCUCAACUCACCGUGAACCUUAGCCAUAAUAAAGUAUUAUUACAGUGAAAGUCAUUCACUUUUCUGUUAUUUUCCUUGUUCUAUGUGAUUUUACUUCUUGUCAGUUGGUUGAAUCAGACGGCGCAAUACACCAAUCACCUUGUCAACCCACAGCCCAUUCAAGGUAAGUCUUGGCAAACAAUAUGUUAUGUUUUCUGGUUGGAUGCCUGUAGAAAUGAUAAAUGGGUAUGUAUUAGUACACAGUAUAUGUACAAAAGUUAGUUCUUUACAGAAUUUUGAACAUGGCAAAUCAUAGUUUCACUCCUUUUGCAAACUAUAGCCUCAACAGAUGAUGAGUGUAAAAAAAAAUUCUGCAACAAUAAAUCAGAAAAGCUAUUUUCAAUACUUUGAAGUGUUUUCUUAACUUUAAAGACAUCAACACUAGGGUUUUCUAGAAUUCUUACCCUAAACUUUGGCAAAAAAUGACUUUGUAGGAAAGGAAUAUCGCUGAAUGGUGUGAACUGCCAAACCAAUCAAAUUGCUUGAAACAUUAUGAUCUAUCACUAGUAUUAUUUCAGACAAAUUAAAAGAUUGUUUAUUUUUUCAGUUCAAUGUAGUGAGGACCUGGAUUUUAUGGAACAAAUAAAUCAGGAAUUGGAGGAACCCACUCUCAGCCAAGAAGGGGUUGUUAAAAGGUCAGCCAUUACACAGUCAGUGUACUUGUUUUUAAGUCCAGCUUCUCAACACAUGAUGGAGUGUUGCCAUACCGUGUCACUCAUUAUGUGUUUGCCUUGUAUGAGAUUUAAGUUGUUGGUACCAAAGUAUUUAUUAAUAAAUCUCAGAUCUGUGGUUUACUUGUUUUUGUAGGAUCCAGUUAGCAAAUGAUUAUUUCUUCCAUGUUGUUAAUUUUGAGGGGAAACCUUACCUGAUCAGUGCUGAAAUCUCUGCUCUUUUCUGGGAUAGUGACCUCCUGAGGUCUAUGGUAUGUAAAAACCACUGCUUUAAGAAACUUUUCCUGCUAUGCUACAGAUGACCACCUCAUUUUAAAGCUCUUGUUGCUAUUUUAUGUCUUACAAUGAGCUCUUUAACCCUUUAGGUCCCAAGAGUGCUUAAGAAUGCUUAAGUGUAAAGGUUAUAAGAAUUACUAAAUUUAUUACCAAAAGGAGAAUACUUUGAUCUUAAACCAAAUUCUCUCAACUAUUGUGAAAAGAAAUGGGUGGAGAUCACUCUGGAGAAUUUGUAUGUAGAUCUUGAGGCUUAAAGGGUUAAUACAGUUGAACCUCCACUAACGGCAACCUCUCUACAACGGCCACUUUCUUCGGUCCCCAAGGUGGCCAUUGUAGAGAGGUUCGAAUGUAUAAUUAUUUUAUUUUUUCAUGCAUUUUUUACUUAAGCUUUCUUCAUCGGUUUUUAGAGAAAUGAUAUCGAUGAAUUUGAUUUUGACUCGUGGUAAUCUCACAUAAGGAAGUGCGUUCAAGCUUUUUUAGGUUUACUGUCAAAUGUGACAUUACUUCCUAAUAAAUUGAUGCUAUAAAACGCUUCCCAUAUGUUUUUUUAAAAAAAGAAACAAAGUAAAACAAAAUGACUAUGAAAAAAAAAGUCUCACCUGGCUGAAGUCGAACCCGAGACCUACGACGUGUAAGGGCAACACAUUAUCCUUUGCACCACGCAAGCAUUGCUAAGACUGUAUGUAAAAUUAAUUGUAUUUAACAUUUUGUGCCCACAAGAUAAAUUAUUGAAGAUGGCGCAGAAAAUGCUGACUUACAAUGAAAUGAAUACCACAAAAUGUCACCCUUGAAUACCACAGGAAUCCCAAGAUUAUGUGUUGCAUUUUCCUAACGUCGAACGCAAUAAAAGUUGUUCUUAUUUUAUUUUUUAUUAUUUUCUCUUCAUUGUGGUGUGAAAUUCUGAUACACAGCUGACAGAUAAACUAUGCAUUCUAUUACUUUAGCUUCGUCAGAAGAAAAAAGCUAUAGCCAAGGUGGUUGUGUCAUACACUGAAAAUGAAGAACUGUUUAAAGUUCUUGUCAGGUCAGAGUUAGUGUCAGUUUAUACCAUUUGUUUUCUUUAAUGAGCUUGAGUAUUUGACUGAGAAAAAAAGAGUGAAAUUUGUGGUGUUAUUUCAGAUGCAAAGUUCCGGGUGUAACAGAUGGAAAUGAACCCAGGAGUUUUGUUACACUUUAUGAAUUUGAAGGGUGAGAAAUAUACUCGUUAUGUAGGCAAGUUGUUGCAUAAUCUACAAAUUUCUAUUAACAUAAUUAAUGUAUUUCAUGUGGCAGGCAUGUGAUUGACAUUCUGAGAUAACCCGUAGAUUUUGUAGUUGUGUAAUCAUUUGAAUAAAGUCAGUGGUCAAGUAUACAUCUAGUAUAGUAUAGUUGUGUAGAAAACUUAACAUGGUGGCAGCAGUGGGAUAGAUGUUACAGGUCAAAAUUGAAUUCAGGUUAAAAUUUUUUAACCCAGAUUGAUUCUCAAAUUCUAUUGUCUCCUAUCCCUAAUUAUUCAUGAAUUAGGGCUAGGAAACAAAGGAAUUUGAGAAUCAACCUGGGUUAGAAAAUUUUAAAAAUUUUAACCUGUAACAUACACUGGAUUACUACAAGCUGCAACAACGCAAAACAUUGAUCAAAAUAGGUACUAUGAAAAAAUCUCAGUUCAAGUUACGGUGGAUUUCCAUUGUUGUGUGAUUUUUCAGUCUGUGCACAGGUAAAAUUUGUGCGUGUAAAUAAAAUAGAGGCAAUGUAUGAAAAGCCAUGUGUAAACAUCAAAGUUGAGGGCAAAAAUUCAUGUACACACUCCUGAAAAAAUUAAGCGGCAGUGGAAAUCCACCCUUGGAGAAAUCCACUCUUCGAGAAACUUAUAUGUUCAGAAUUAUUGAGGAUCUUCCACAACCUUACUUCAUUUCUCAUCCAUAUUGGUCCACUGCCAUGGGAAAUAAUUUAAUUCCCCUAAAUUUAUAUCUGUAAAUUUUGCCUGCAAGUUAUUGCAUAGAUAGAAUGUCUAUGUUGCAGUACAUUUUUUUUUUCAGUUAAUUUUGUUUUUCCUUUGUUUUAAAUUCAUUAGCAUACAUUACCAUACCUACCCUGGGUGCCAGAGACUUUUCUGAGCGCGGUUUCCGGUUUCUGUCAAGUCUUUAUAGUGACCCGCGCGAAAAGCCUCUGGAGCAGAGCGCUAUUGCUUUGAUGGCGCCGAUCCAAUCGUUAACACAGUUAAAUCAGUUGGUCCAGAUUUUGGACAAGACGGCUGAUUGGCUACUAACGACCACCCGAGGGACUUUGAAUCUAACAGACGCUACAAUUGGUUGACAAGAAUAGACCAGCACGUGAAAGAAUAUUUCCAACUUUGCUGUUGACAUGACUUAAGUGUACUAGCGAGAACUGUUGCUGUUGUGUUGUGUGUUGGCUUUGGAAAGUUUUGAAAGAGCAUGAUAAGCAAUGUACUAGAAGGACAAGUUAAAAGCUCUGAGCAAACGAGUGGAGUAUUUAAUUUUAUUCAAUGCAAUUAAGCUUUUAUCACCAAUUCAGCUUUUGUAGCAAAUACGGUUUAAGCUUUACUAGUUUCCUAUUUCAAACGAUUACAGCAUAAUUUGAAAUAGUUUGUGUUGAUGGGUUAGGAAUAUAAGAACAAAACAUGUAUUUUUAGUAUAAAAGGGGGGUCAGAAGGCAACACACGACUUUUACCUCAUGCCAAAAUCCUGCUUGUUCCAAUGAAUUUUUUUCCGUGAUUCGUAGAUUAUGCUCUGGAGAAAAACGUUUUGACUAAGCAAAUUUGAUUUUUGCCGAUUAUUUCAUACUGAGAGGUCGUGACACGCAUAUUGAUUUUCUGCGGUUAUUGUGUUUGGUCGGCACAUAAUUUGCCUUCUGAUGCAAGAGCAUUUUCUUUGACCUCUUUUGAAAUGUUAAGGUCUUCUAAAUAAGGGUUUUAGGUUGUUUUAUUUCUCCAAAGUGCCUCCUGGAUCUGAAAAAUUAUAAGCGAUUUUCUUUUUGUCCGUGAAAGUGACGGUUUCAGGGAAUGUUUUGUCACGCUGGGCCCAGCUCGUUAGCGUUUUUAACAGGAUGUUAAAUUCUCACGGAUAGUGAUUUUCAGAUCCAAAUCUUGAAGAAUGGAUUGCAGCUUAACUGAAGCUACAUCAACUAUGGAGAACUGCGAUGUGACCCAGUCGUGAUUGCUCUUAAAGCAAUGAAUUUUAAACUCAAAUUUGUUUUGCUAAGGAUAAUGUGGGUCUUUGGACACUUCUUCACGUGCCGGCCCACCUGAUCACAGUUGGAGAUUUUCAAUCUGAUUGGCGUAAAUGUAAUCCGAUAAAAAAGCACAAAGGUCAACGGGAACGGUAAAAAGCACCGCUCCGUGCCAAAGGUUUUUCUCGCGGCUUCGCCACUCGUGGCUUCGGCCUUCGGCCAACACCGAAAAUUCCCACCGCACGCGAGAAAAACCUCUGGGUACCCAGGGUAUACCAUACCCCAAGACAAUGGAAAAUUACAUGUUAACUGAAAUGAAAAAUUAACUACAACAUACAUUUAUAUACUGGAUGUUAUGUUUACUGGUGAUGAAAGUGUUAUCUUCAUUUGACUCCAGACUUCCAGAAAUUUUGAGAACUUUUGACCAUCCUUCUGAAUUGCUGCUGUCACAUCUGUUGGAUGAGAUAGAUUGUUUCAAGAGCGAAGGAGAAAAUUACUGGUUUUUAAAGGUACUGUAAAUGAAAAUUAAAUCCUUUACUUUCCAAACCUUCAAACAUACUGGCUUUGUUAGUACCGUAAAAACUCGUGUAUAAGCCGCACUCGUGUAUAAGCCGCAUCCCCAACUUUCAAGCAUGAUUUUGAAAAAAAAAAAAACCAAAAAUGCGCUUUUGUGAAAAAGGUGAUCGUUUGUUCGCGCAUCAAAAUGUUCACAAAUAAACUUGAGGAAAUUUAAUGUUGUGUAUUUGCAGUGACAUUUUAAAUAAGUUAAUCAACUCUGAAAAUACCUUUUAAAAGGUUCUCUUUAAUCAAUUUCUCCAUUUCCUGCGAAAGACAACAGUUCUCUUCAUUGCUAAAGCCCACAGUUGAAAUGAAAAUGGAACGAUGGAAUGAAAAUAAAGCGCUGGAGAAUGCUACAAAACGAUUGCUUAGUAACCAUGCGUUUAUUUGACGAGGGAAGUCUGGACACCAGAGAAGGACACAAGUAAACAAAUGCUGGACUUGUGAAGACUGUAUUUUACAAAACUGAAUAAUAUAUUUACAAGUAACAGGUACAGAUAUCUUGAUAUUAGAAAACGAAAUUCCUUGUUUAAGCAAAAAACUAUUUACAUUGUACAAUGUUUGAAAGUACAGCUCAUCAAUCUACUGAAAGCAAUGAUCAACGACAGGUUUCAAUAUGUUUAAUCUUUAUUUACUGAAGGUUUUCAGUUCAAUUUGUGACUCCUACAAGCCAGUUUACUCCCUUUGAGAGCAAUGGUCUCGUGUAUAAGCCGCACCCGUGAUUUUUGACUCAAAAUUUCGGCAAAAAGGUGCGGCUUAUUCACGAGUUUUUACGGUAAUUCAUUCUCCUUACCUUUACUAAAGUAAUGUUAUAUUACAGCAAAAGUUAUAUGGUUAUAUUUCAGCAAAAGGAGGAGCAACAGGGAUCAGAGACAGGAAGCAGUUCAGAAGAUCAAUUGUCUGAAACUGACCUUGGGAUUGAAGAGCUACAGCUGCUUCUGCAGGCUAUGCAGUUUAGAAGGUCUGUAAAUAUAUUAUAAUUUAUGGUAAUUGUAUAGAGUGGAGUACAAUAAUAUUUUGGUCUGAAAUCAUACACAUUUUUUAAAAAUCAGACAAGUAUGCUAUGUGAGUUUGAUUUCAAAUACCUAGUAAGAUUUCAGACCAAAAUUGCAAUUGCCAUUUUGAAAUUGCAGAAUUCAGCCACUACUGAGAUUUUGUUGAUCUAGCAGCUGGUGUGUUGAAAGUAGAAAAGACCUUUUCAUCUCAUUUUGAUGAAAUGAUGCAAUUUAGAACAGAUGUGAUGUAGAGCAAAUAAUUGUGUGAUUUGUGAAUAAACACACUGUUGACAGCCAACCAGGUUGCAGUGAUCACCAGUGAUUUCAAUGUUUGUCUGAAUGUUUGCAAAUUAUUUGUUUGUGAACUUAUUUUGCUCUUAAAUACUUCCAUUUGUAUUAUAGCAGUUUUAUGUCAUGUGAAUUGCCCCUUUUUCAUCAAUAGGAAAAUUUGUCAGAAUACAGUUAUAGAUAUUCAAUGUACAAUCCAAAGGAGCAGCAAGGGGUAUAGAGUAAGUGACUAGUACCCCAUACAGGAGCACACAGAUGACUAGCACCCAAUCAGGGGCGGUAGUGGGAGAGAAUCACCAAUGAGCUAAGAAAUUCUCUCUUGUCCUUUUAGGAAACGCAUUCUGCAGGGAUUGAUGACUGGCGGUCACACAACAUGCGCUACUGGUGGUACGGUCGAUGAACUACAGGAAGUGGAAAUGAAAAUUGAAGGGCUGAAACAGGAAAUACUUCAUAAAGAAAUCAAAAGCUAGUGAGUGACAAGUCUGUUGCUUCUAUUGCUACUCUCAGUGGCUUCAAACGGAACAUUUAAGUAGAUAAACUAAUUUUUCAUGUACAGUUGAACCUCUCCUCAACCUUGGGGACAGAAGAAAGUGACCGUUGUAGUGAGGUUCAAACAAGAGUCGAUGUGUGGACUGUCUGCCAAAAAAAGUGGCUGUUGGAGAGAGGUGGCUGUUGUUGAGAUGUGGCUGUUAGUGGAGGUUUGACUGUAAUAAAUUUAUUUAAACCAAAUGAGAACUAAUAAGGAGUUUGGCCUGUGGUCAUGGUUUGAGGCCUCCACUGUUGCCCAGGAUGUAUGGCAUUAGAGAACAAUGAUUUCCUGCCCUACUUGUUACAUAGGGAAAAGGAUCGCAUGAUGAUGAUGAACCUCAUUUAUCCUAUUAUUUUUGGAGCUAGGGGCUUAAAUACUAAGAAUUCACAAACCACUUUCUACUUAAUAUUGAGCUGAAACAAGCAUUGGAAAGAACAAAGGUGUAAAAAUAUAUAAUGUAAAUCAGUUAUACAGGAAAGGAAAACCUGACUUGUGACUUUUAGUUUGUUUUUGUUUUUGUCAUUGAUGAAUACAUUCAAACGCUUACCAGUGGUGUAGAAAAUGAACUUAAAAAAAAAUGGUUUUUCUGACUUUUGCAGGUUGCUAAGUUGUGCUGGCCAAAGUUUAACAAGUUCAACCAGUUUACUGUGGGGAAUUUUCUAGCUUCAAAAUGCCGACGAUCAAUGAACUGGCAAAGGGCCCGAAUUAAUAGUAAUUGUGCAUAAAAGUUUAAAAAGUUACAAUGUAACAGAAUACUUUCAAAUGGUUCUUUUUCCAAAUACCUGCAAAAAACAGGCGCCAGACUUGAGGCGUGGGUUGACAAAAUAUUGUGAUAAUUGGAACAGUUUUGUCCAUCCAAGCCCUCAGUCUCAUUUCAUUGUGUGUGCUAUAGUGGGAUUACAGGAAGGAUUUAGAUUUUAAACUUUGCACAAGGUCAUUUGAUAAGAAAUGUUAAUGUAAUACAGAAUUUUAUUGAGAAAUGUAACUGUCACAUCAUAUUUUUUUAACAGUUAUCUCAAGUUAAUGGGAUAUUAAUUUUGAAAUUACAAGAGAAGUGCCUUUUAUAGUAAGUUAACUUUUCAACCACUGUUAUGAACUCCUCCCUGCCCCCCACCCCCCAAUUGUUACAAGGUCUUAAUAAGCACCCCAUCCCAUUCCUUAGGGUCUGGACCCAACCCUAACCCUAACCCCCCCUUAGCAUAAUACUAAUACAGCAACUUGAGCCACCUGCCACCAUAAAAAGACCCAAGGAGGGAAUUUAGAAAAUGAAAAUUAAAAAGUUUAGAUUGUUUAUUCUGCAGUUUGUAUAUGAACAUGUGUUUCAGACGAGUAAUUAAUUUAUUACAUCAUAGAGAAUAUAGGAAUAGAAAUACAGAUGCCUAUACAUUUAAUGGAAGGUGUUUCAAAUGAGUUGGCCAGUUGUAUUUUCUAGUGUUAUUUUAUUCAAUACAUUUUAUGACGACAUCAGCCAUACCCAGCUACAUUAGGCUGAGAAAUGAUGACCAUUUUUUUGCUCUUUUACCAACUAGUUAAAAGAUGCAUAAGGAGUUCACAUUUUUCUUACAACUGAAAUGCUAAUAAAAGACAUGAUUUGCAUUGUUUUUGUUCAUGUAGUUUAGUGGUUGCCAGAGUCGUGACAUCAGGAAAUUCUCUGAAUGUGGUUGAGCAACCUUGAAAAAAAUGUGAUCUUUCAGUCCUUCUAUCAAAAUGAGGACAAAAUGGUUGCAGUCACUUUGAGACAACACAACAAGAACAACGGUACAUGUAAUCAAAUUUUGAUUCAGUUUUCUUUUGUACAUAAAAAGGUGAAGUCUCCUUGUGAGUAGCUGGCCUCAGUUGUUCGAAAGGUGAAUAGUGCUAUCCACCUGAUAAAAUUCCAUCCAUUGGGUGGCACAAUUAGUUUUCCUAAUGCUUGUCUGCUAGAUAGUGAUUUAUCCUGUGGGUAGCACUAUUCCAGCAUUUGAACAACCGGGGCCAGGUGUUUGACUUGGCCAGUUUCAAUUAGACAAGUUAUUCAAAAGAAUCCUUUAAGCUUGUUUUGUAAAUAGCAUUAGUGUAUUAUUUUAUGGCUUGUUGGUAAAUUUGGUGUGGCAUGAAUGAAAUCUUCCUGCAAAAUAUUUUUAAUGGGAAUGUUAGCAACAAAAGGACUAACCUUAACUGUAAUAGUUAGUUUUCUUCAUCAUCUUGUUCUGUUUUUCAGAUGUUAAAAUGUUGAGUUGUCAUAGCACGAAAUAAAAGAAAGGAUUACUUCUGGUUCAUUUUACUAAACACAACAUUAAAUGGUUGUACUGUCAUACCCCUUAAAGCAGUCACUGCUACAGGGCAGGUACAUCACUGGUUCAUCAG